AUGGACGUUGAUGGAUACCUUACGUCGAUGCUUCUAUUCUUGGCCUUCCCUCCCAACCUUUCAUCCUUCCUCCUUGGUCCUUCUUGGAAUCCUGCCGGGGAGGACCAACGCCACUGUCAGAUUUUAGCUGGAGCCGUGCAACCGCAACCUUCUGUGCACCUUCCAGUCUUCACCGCCUGCCAACUGGCAUUCAUGGGUCCUACCCUAUCAGUAGGCGGUAGCCGAAUUCUGCCGGACAAAAAAGUUCAUCCCACCAGCGCAGCAUCUUGCUUCCAAGGCAUAAUCAAUAACCCCGCGCCGUUGGACACGCCCAUCAUGGCCACGGCCGAGCGACCCAAGGCCGAGGAACCCAAAGAUGACGAAUGGAUUCACGUUAAAUCCAAGUCCCGGCUCCGGCGAAGCGCCCCCAAGCUACCUGUCAAGGGUCCUGGCGCAAUCUCCAAGCCUACUGAACCCCGCAGCCACAAGUCAGUCAUCGACAUAACGGCCGAGUACGACUCCUUCAAGUCCAAGUGGCGCAAAACAAACUGCUGCCUUAGUUUGAAGAAGCUGGUGAGGGACUAUUACGAAGGCCAUCGGAGAGUUCGCAAGGCGGUGUGUCUCGGUGUGGGCACGUUUGAUCCUGAGGACGGAGGCUGGGACGCAAAGAGGAGGAGUUAUAUCCAGCUCGACGCCUUUUUGACCGUCGUCGAGCUAACCGGAUACCCAGCCGAAUUGUGUAAAGAGUCGAUCUCGUGCUCCUUCCAGGAACCUCGCUUCACUCCCAAUGACAGAGCAUUUCUUACCAGUCUUGGUCAUGAAGUUGUCGAGUCCCCUGCUGCAUUCGAAGCCGUGGAUGAAGAGACGCUGGUAUUUGCGGUACACAUGUACCGGCCAAUAUAUGAGGCGACGCUCGAGAAGGCCAUGCCUGCCAUGUUUGUCGGGACAGGAUGGGACAUUUGGGAUGAAUUUGCCACGAUGAAGGAUGGUGAGUUCAAGUGCAUGAGUGACAUGCAUGCAUCGCAUAAGCACUUCCGCUUCCCACAGGAUGGUACAUACACAACAUUCUCAAGCACGUGUGUGUACUGGCGGCCAAAAACCGAGACUGUCGUUCAACACGAGACUUCGGCCGGCGAGAAAGAUGCAUCGCCACCUCAAGGAGGUGUCACAACUGUCGUUCCUGGGACAAGAGUGAGACGUCAAGUCAUAAAUUCCUCAAAGAAAUCAGCAUUACCACCACGGGGCCUUUAUGUCACUCCCCAGAAACAUGUAUUCCCUAGCAUCUAUGGCCAAAUCAUCCUUUGCAACAUAUCGGAUGACUUUGGUUUGACGCCAGGCGCAAAUGCCCUCUCUCUCCCACCAAGAUCAAGACUAAACAGCAAGCCCUCAUACUUGGAACUCGUCCAUCACAGCUCUCCUUCUCUUGGUCGGUCAUCACAAAUUUCACCUCCUUGGCACCAAAGAACUGCUCAAAGUCAACACGGAAGAUCGUCACGUUCAAAGAUGCGCCUUUGCUCUCACAGGAACGUCACGCGCCAGAUAGUUUGGGUCAAGGCUCAUUACCGUGAUCUUGACCGUGCCCAUCACUUCACUCUCCAUAAGUACCCUGGCAUAAGCGGCGACGACACCAACAUAUCUCUCGACGCAACGACAGGUCUCGCUUUGGCCGCAUUAUCAUCGCUACCCGAUGGUUCAUUGCGGCUGCUGUUGACAUGCUCUUGCACAAUCCUCCCGACCUACACGACCGACUCAACAGGCUUCUCAACAUGA